AUGCUCGACUUUCUCAAAGCUAAAGUAAACAGCAAGUCCGACCCUCGGACGGAGAAUGCCAAAUCCCACGGCCUGCCCGAAGGCAUGCUAGUCCAGGUACACUAUGCAUCGCGUGACGUCGCCAUCCCAGACGACUUUCUCUCGCUCACAGCCCCACCCCCAGACGCCCAGCCUGUAACCAUCAAGCCUGUCGACUGGGCGGCGAGCGCACUCCCGGAGUACGACGGUCUGUACGCCGUCGUGCUGGAGAAUGUGCUCUCGCCGAGCGAGUGCGAGACCCUCAUCAAGCUUGCCGAGUUGAGCAGUGUCGACGUCCCCGCCACAUACCCGACGGGCGAUGUCGAGAAGAACCCAUGGAAGCCCGCCAUGGUCAACGCCGGGUCCGGGUUCGAGGUCCUCGACACCAGCUACCGCAACUCCGACCGCAUCGUCUGGGACCAGCAGGAGGUUGUGGACCGGAUCUGGCGACGGUGCCUGCAGGGGGAGGCGGGCGAGGUGCUGAGGAAGAAAAUGGAUGUGCUGGACGGCGAUGAGAAGGUCGGAGCCUGCAGGUUGAGGGGCAGGAACUGGAUCGUUGAGAGGCAGAGGUGGGAAUUUAGGCGCUUGAACCAGAGGAUGCGGUUUUUGAAGUACGGCCCGGGACAAUACUUCAGGCCACAUUGUGACGGCGCAUUCAGCGAGGAGGUUGACGGGAAGAUCUUCAAGACCUUCUUUACGAUCCAUCUAUACCUCAACGACUCGGUGGCCGAGGCUGGAGAGAGUGCUGGACUUGUGGGAGGGGCGACGUCUUUCUUGUCGGAUGACGCCAAGAGCAAGGUCGACGUGAAUCCAAAGGCAGGCAGAGUGUUGAUCUUCCAGCACCGUCGGUUGUACCACUGCGGCGAUGAUGUCGUGAGGGGUACAAAAUACACGAUGAGGACUGACAUCAUGUACGAGCUGAUUAGGCGCACAGAUGUAGAGGACGAGGAGCAGCAGAAGGAGGAAUAG